AGUAUCUGCACGGUGAAUGUGGUCUGAAAAUGUUCAUGCCGAGAUCUCUAAAGCUCAAAAGAGCCUCCGAACCUCCUCAGCAGCAUCCCAAAAGAAGCAAACCGACAUCAGAAGAAGACACAGCGGUUACUGCAGCUCCAGCUGUAAACACAGAGGAGGAGAGCCGUCAGACAGACAACGAAGAGGAGCAGCAGGAGAUUGAGGAGCCGGUGAAGUCCUUCAAGAAGAGUCAGCGGUGGCCGGAGCCUGGUGAGCCCGUCUGCGUGAUGUGCGGCCGAUACGGCGAAUACAUCUGCGACAAAACCGACAACGACAUCUGCAGCCUCGAGUGCAAAGCCGCUCACCUGGCCGCAGUCUGCGCAGACUUCGGCGACAAACUCUUUAAUAACAAAAACACACCGGAGAGCUCUGAAAAUACAAAGAGUUAUUCCUACAAGCAGGACGCUUUUAUUUCUGAGUUGACGGAGGAGCAGAUAGAGCGGGUUAAAGCCGAGCUGGGGAUCGUGAGCGUGGGCACGGAGGUCUGCAGGCCUGUCAUUGAGUUCCAGCACUGUCGGUUCCCCACUGUGCUUGAGAGGAAUCUGAAGGCGGCCGGGUAUGAGGCGCCCACACCGGUGCAGAUGCAGAUGGUACCCGUGGGGCUCACCGGGAGAGACGUGAUCGCCACUGCGGACACCGGUUCUGGGAAGACUGUGGCUUUCCUUCUGCCGGUGGUGAUGAGAGCACUGCAGAGUGAAUCUGCGUCUCCGUCUUGUCCGGCAUGUUUGAUCUUGACCCCAACCCGUGAGUUGGCCAUCCAGAUCGAGGAGCAGGCAAAAGAGCUGAUGAGGGGUCUUCCCAACAUGAGGACAGCUCUUCUGGUCGGUGGGAUGCCACUACCUCCACAACUGCAUCGACUAAAGCACAACAUCAAGAUUGUGAUCGGCACUCCUGGACGCCUCCUGGAGAUUCUGAAGCAGAAGGCCGUACAGCUGGAUCAUGUCAGGACCGUUGUGGUUGAUGAGGCAGACACCAUGCUGAAGAUGGGCUUCCAGCAGCAGGUCCUGGAUAUUUUGGAGCAGGUCCCAGAAGACCAUCAGACUCUGCUGACGUCAGCCACUAUUCCCACCGGCACACAGCAGCUGGCAGAGCGUCUCACCCAUGACCCAGUGACCAUCACCAUCGGCCAGAAGAACCAGCCCUGCGCAAACGUUCGGCAGAUCGUCCUUUGGGUGGAGGAGCCCUCCAAGAAGAAGAAGCUUUUUGAGAUCUUAAACGACGAAAAGCUCUAUCAGCCUCCAGUGGUUGUGUUUGUGGAUUGUAAAUUGGGAGCUGAUCUGCUGUGUGAAGCUGUGCAGAAGGUCAUGAGUUUAAACACAGUCGCCAUUCAUUCAGACAAGAUGCAGUGGGAACGCAACAAAAUUGUGAAGGGUCUCCUAGAGGGUCAGUUUGACGUGGUGAUCAGCACUGGGAUUCUGGGUCGAGGUUUAGAUCUGGUCAAUGUAAAGCUGGUCAUAAAUUUUGACAUGCCCUCCAACAUGGAUGAAUACGUCCAUCAGAUUGGCCGAGCGGGUCGUCUGGGCCACAGAGGCACCGCCAUCACCUUCAUGAACAACAACAACAAGCGUCUGUUUCUGGAGAUGGUGAAGAGAGUGAAGCCCACCGGCUCCAUCCUGCCCCCGCAGAUCCUCAACUCGCCACAUCUGCACGAGCAGCAGCGCAGAGACAAGCAGAAAAACACACAACACACACACAGCAUCUUACACCUCAUACAACAACACGACAAGAGGUCUGCCAGGAAAUAACAGGAGACCUGCGGAUUAAUAAAGGAGUUGUUGAGGAUUUGUCAUUCAUGUUUUCAAUAAAUGCUAUGAAUAAAUUAA